AUGGCGUUGGAAACUCUCCCUGCAGAGCUCAGGAUCUUGAUCCUGGAGUCCAUGCCGGACGUCCAAACCCUCCAUGACCUCACCCGUGUGUCUUCUACAUACCGCAACACAUACCACAUCUCCCGCCGGACGAUCCUCGACCGAUUGGUCCGUGAACAAUAUGGCCUCAUUGGCCUGGAAGAACCCAUCAUGGCCAUCCAGUCGAGUGGUCUGCAUGCCGAGAAGUCGGCCAACAAAUCGAGAAUCCGCGAGGUCCUGAACCGACAGUGCGUCGCGGCAUCGAUCCCGACCAAGCUGGACCCGGCCUCCAGUCUCGAUCUCCUCCACCUGCACCAGAUCUUCCAAACCGUCGUCGAUUCCUUCUGCUCGCAUACCCCCCACCGCCAGGCAACACCGUCGUCGAUCGAAAAGGCACGGAUCCUGCGCGCCCUCUGCCGCCUCCAGACAUACUGCAACAUUUUCGGCUCGCGCGAAUGGACGGAGCCCACGGCCGAUCAGUCGGCCCCGUCCGCAUCCAAGAGGACCUCGUCGUCGACAUGGUACAAGAACUUCACCAUCAACCAAAUGUGGCAGCUGUUCUUCAGCUCGCUGCCCUCGUGGGAGGUGGAAGAGUUUGGGUCCGUCUGGGUCCUGAUGCGCAACGAAUAUCAGAGACUGUUCGACGAGAUCCGUCAAGAGUUCUCUCGGACAGACAGCCGGUGGAAAGCCCUUCGGCCGGCGUCGUUACCGCUGGAUCCGUGGGAGUUGUAUCCCAGCGAACAUGACGAUCCAAACGACUACAGUCCUUACUUCAAUCACCUCAUCCUCCUCGGCCCUGCUUUCUUGCACAAAGUCCUUUCGCAACCGACCCGCGAAGAUCGCUGGCGGUUGUUGGCCUGCAAUGCCAUUUCUUCCAAGUCCUCGUUCAUGGACACAAUCCGCGUUGUCCGGGAUCCUGCACCGGAACAAUACACGGCCGAGAAGUACAUUAACGACGAUGUCCUACAGGGUGUACGCAUGGUUCCUGCCAUUGACCAACCUAACGCGGGCUGGAAACAGCAUUGGCACCGCCAGGAUGUUGCCGACUGUGUGAUCUUCACGCCCAGAUCGAAUGCCCCGCUCCCAUCGACCCCUUCGGCAGAGGCUCCCGUCCGGACGUUUGGCCACUGUGAAGGCUGGGAAUGGGGCUACGCGCUGUGGGAACUGUGA